CUUUUAGCCUUUAUGAUAUAUUUGCAAACUGACGCAUAUUGAAACAGCUUGUCAGUAGCGCCUAGUACAUAGGGAGGUCACCUGUACGGAUACGCGUGGAUUUGGGCCUAGAAUUUUCCGCAGAAAUCAGACGCACACAUUUUGAAAGACGUUUGGUGUCUGGACUGAGAUUUCCAUCUCUUUGAACUAAAAGGAAUCCUGAAAAAAUGAGUCAAAAAGAAGACGCAGUUCCUGUAAACGAUACGGAGACACUAGAGGAAGGAUUGGAGCGUACAUUAACACGCUUCAGCUUAAGGAAGGCUUCGAAGAUUGAGAUCUUGACUUUCAUCAGCAUCGGUGUUGUCAACUUCGCUGGAUUUGGGACAUAUUCUAUCAUCUCGCCUUUCUUUCCGAACGAGGCUAUUCAAAGAGGCGCAUCUCAGACUGUGGUGGGAGUCAUCUUUGACUGUUACGCCGUCGUUGCUUUCCUGUCUGGAACAGUCUUUGGGAAAUGUGUGGCAGUUAUAGGGUCAAGGUUCAUGUUGAUAACGGGGAUAUUUGUGACAGGGUGUGCCUCCAUCCUAUUCGGGUUCUUAGACUACAUGGAAGGGACCACGUUUGUGGUGUUCUGUAUCGCCAUCCGGACCACAGAGGCUCUGGGAGUGUCUGCAUACGCGACGGCCAGCACCACAAUACUCACACACGCGUUUCCUAAUGACGUGGCUAAAGUCAUGGGUAUCCUGGAGAUCUUCACAGGAGUCGGUCUGAUGGCCUGUCCGCCAAUCGGUGGUCUCCUAUACAAAAUAGGAGGCUUCAGGCUGCCGUUCCUGUCUAUGGGAGGCCUGAUGCUGUCCUGUGGGGUGAUAGUGUGGAUCUUAGUGCCUCCACAAGCCGAUGAGAGAGAGGAGGAGAAGAAGUCAGGAGCAUUGCUGAAGCUGUUGAAGGUGCCAACUGUCAUUCUCACAUGCGGCAUAGUUGUGGUCAUCGCUGCCGCCAUGUCAUACUUGGACCCAAUUCUUCAACCUUUCCUGGAGAGCCAGUUCAGCCUCAGUCCCACUACUAUCGGCCUGAUCUUCCUGCUGCGUUCUGCUGUCUACACAGUCCUGGCACCGCUGUGGGGAUGGCUGGCCGACAAGAAGGGUGCAAGUCGAAUCAUGACGUCAGUGGGAAUGGUGACGUUCGCAGUUUCCUGCCUUCUUAUUGGACCUUCUCCGGUCUUGACAGAGUACAUACAUAUUUUUCCAAACGCAAAACCACUUUGGAUUACUAUUGUCGGUCUAGUGAUCAUGGCAGUGGCCAUGGGUGUUGAGUACUCACCGGUGUACAAUGAGCUACUAUGGACAGCAAGAGAUGCCGGGCUACAAGAAAACAUCGCAACGUUCGGUGUUGUCUCCGGGCUGUUUUACUCAUUUUUUGCGAUCGGGUAAGGCGAAUUU